UGCCUCCAGCGGAGCUCGGAUCCCGGACGGACGGUGCAGCCUCUCGGCCUCAGCAGCUCGGACCCGCGGACACGAUGGACUGAUCCGCUCCGGUCUGCAGAUUUGUAUGCCAUGGACGCAGAUAUGACACCGAGAUUCUCCUCUAAAGACGAGGAGAUCGACUUCUGGAAAACUCUUUCCCUCAAGUACAAGAAAGGCCUCCAGGAGGCCCAGGAGGAGCUGCUGGAGUUCCAGGAGGGGAGCAGGGAGCUGGAGGCUGAGCUGGAGGCGCAGCUGAGUCAGGCCGAGCACCGUCUGAAGGACCUGCAGUCGGAGAACCACAGAGGGAGGAACGAGGUGGAGUCGCUGAAGGAGCGGCUGGAGCAGCAGUACUCUCAGAGCUACCAGCAGAUCUCCGUGCUGGAGGACGACCUGGGACAAACGCGCAGCAUCAAGGAGCAUCUCCACAAAUACGUGCGAGAGCUGGAACAGUCCAACGACGACCUGGAGAGAGCCAAAAGAGCGACCAUCGUGUCCCUGGAGAACUUCGAGCAGCGUCUGAACCAGGCCAUCGAGAGGAACGCCUUCCUGGAGAGCGAGCUGGACGAGAAGGAGUCUCUUCUGGAGUCCGUGCAGCGGUUGAAGGAUGAAGCCAGAGAUUUGCGGCAGGAGCUGGCCGUGAGGGAGCGGCAGGUGGACGUGACCAGGAUGUCGGCUCCCAGUUCGCCCACACAGGACCACGUGAAGACGGACAGUGCUGUGCAGGCCUCGCUGUCCCUCCCGGCCACCCCGCUGAGCAAAGGUCUGGACAACGCCUUCGCCAACUCCACAGCUCUAUCAAAUUGUUACGGCAGCAACUCGCCGCUGACUCCCUCUGCGAGGAUAUCAGCUCUGAACAUCGUCAGCGAUCUGCUCCGGAAAGUCGGGGCGCUGGAGUCCAAACUCGCAGCUUGCAGAAACUUCGCAAAGGACCAAAAAGCCAGGAAGGCGUUCGCUCUGGACAACGACAACGUGCUCAACGCAAACACCGUCCACUACUCGCUCCACACGUCUUAUUAUGACAACGCCAGGACCGUGAAUGGACUGGAACCCGGCCGCCUGACGGCCAUCAACCCCCCCCCGCUGCCUCCUCUGCAGGCUUAGUGCCCCUCGCCGUGUGACCGCCCCCCCCCCCCCACAACCCUAGUUCCUGACCCGACACACCUGCCCUGCAACAGAAGACCACAUCUAGGAGGAGUCGAGACAGAGAGGCAACACAAAUGUCUAACACCCGUAAAAUGUUGUAGUGCUGUCCCCCCCCGCUCACCCUCUGUACGCUGAUCUCACUCAUGUGCUUCGUUCCUGCUGCCGUUGCGGCUCUUGUGUGUCUGUGUUGUGUGUCACUGUGACUGCUGUUUGCUCGCUGGCUUGUGCAAAGAGGGCGAAGGCCUCUCUGCUGUGGGCACGUCUGAAGAUUCCCCCUCAAUUUGUGAAACAACUAAACCAGAUAAGAAUCCGAGAAGGGAAACAUUAUGCAAUCCAUGUGUUCUUAAUGAGGCUGUUGAAUCCAAUACUGUAUGUGUUAUGAUUCUAACUGCUUUUUUUUCUACAGCUUUCACGAGCAAUAACUUGUAACAUGUAAUCGAGUGCCACACGAACAACGUCUCCAUGAAUUAUUGAUAUUUCAUCGUGAGCCUCGGAGCCUGGCCAGUCAACGAGGUGUUUCCGGGGGAGUUGGGAUUUCACUCAUCAAUCCUGUAAUUCGGUUUUAAAACAAAUAAACAAAAUUCGAGGAGGAGUCUUUGUGUCGUGGGCCAAACGCACCAUUAACCUCUGAACUAUGUGACAUGAUGUGUACAGUACUGGUCAUAUUGAUCGUUAUUUAUAGGCAGUGGUUUAUGCUGUAGUGUUCACACCAGUAAACCAGAUUUCUUGUAUCUGUAGUUUUUAAAACGUUCUUGUUUAAUUUAUUUCACAAAUCAUUUUCAGUGCCCUUCGAUCCACAGUGAGCACCUUGACCUCGUGUGAACUCUCAAUGUCACUUUAUUUUGUUAUUUUUAUCCAAGUGCAAUAUUGUCAGUUUUUUUUUUUUUUAAUCGUUUGUGGAUUUGAUUUAAUCUCAGACUUCUUUGAUGGCAUGUUUUAAUAAAAGUUUUAAUCAC